UCCAUCGUUGAUUAUCUCCGUUCCCGUCAAGUUCAGUUUCUCAGAUUUCGUUCCAUUGAGCUCAGUUCCGUUCCGUUAACUUCCGUUACGUUCCGUGUUUGGCAUACGUGAUAUUCCGUUUCUUCGCCGUUCCGUCGUCUGACAGGCUGGACUUUUGGAUACAGAGGUGUGGAUCGUUGUGCCACUUACGACUUUGAUUUUGGUGUCGACUAUAUGGACCACUUACCUUUGCUUUGGAUGAUUCUAGGCAUAUCAAUUAUUGGCACCUAAAAACAAGCGAUUAUUUGUCUCUCACCAUUAAAAAAACUAAAAAAAAUAAAAACAAAACAAAGCAUAAACUUGGAGCUGAUAUGGUGAACUACUUGGGGUCUUAUUUUAGAUACAUACGGAUGCAACUAGAAGUAUGGAAUUUGGUGAGUGGUAGCUAGCUGUUUUAAAGAACGAGAAGCAUCGAAUUUAAUAUAUGAAAAUAUCUUAACAACUUUAGUUUAAUUAAACUAAUUAGGUUUAUUGUAUUAUAACUAAGGAUGUUCUUCGGGUCGGAAUCGGAUAGAACCGAUGCGAACUUAAAUAACCCGAAAACCGAAUAAGGAUAAUUGCAUGAACAGAAAACCGAACCGAUUAACCAAUAUGGGUUUGGCUCGGUUCAAAUAUUAAUUUGGUUCGGUUGUUAUCUGAAUAACAUGUACAAGAUGAUUAAAGAUUUAAUAUAACCGAAAAAAAGAACUUAAUAAAACGUACUAGAAUUCUAUAACCCGAAUAAUAGAAUAAAAAUGUAUUUUUAUACAUUAACAUAAAACAUUUAAAGACUAACAUAACACAAUAACAACAAAAUAAAAUUUAUAUAGUAGAUUAACAUAAUAAGAAUUAAUUUAUUACUUGUUUAUUGAGUUGGCUUAAUUUUUCAUGACUAGACAAAGUAGAAAUUCGUAAAUUCUUAAAGACAAAAGUGAUUUCAAAUUUGGAAAUAGAUGAGAAGAUUGGUUGAUUUUAAAACAAUGAGAGCGAGUGUAAGUUUUUUUCUUCCUGUUAUGAACGAUGAAAACAAAAGUGUGAAUCUUGAUUUUGAUUUUUAUCGAUAUGAGAAAGGGGAGGAGUAAUGCUUAUUCAGAUCGGUAUUUAGAACCGAAUAAACUCUUAUUUGGAUAAUUCGAACCAAAUAACCUAAGAACCGAAUAAGCAUAAUAUAGAUACCCGAAACCCGAAUCGAAUCAUUUAUCCAGACCUGAUUCGGUUCAAUUCGGUUUAGAUUUCGAGCAUUCAGAUUUUCGGACUAAAUUCUCAUCCCUGAUAAUAAUUAUAGUGAGAAGAAAAGAAUCUAGUGAUUUCCAUAAAAAUAUGAGAAUUUCGCUGCUUUUUACAAAGGAAUCUUACUGCGGGGUAAAAACUAAUUUAAGAAUUUGGUCAGCUUUUUAAAAUGGAAUCUGACCUAUUAUACUGAUACGACACACACUUCUAUAAAUUUGUUUAAAACAGAGAGAAUAAUAUUUUGCUAAAUGUAUUAGAAGUGCGUAAGGAAUUAAGUAACUGCAAAUAUUUUCUUUUAAAAAAGUAAUGUUUUGAAUAAGAAAUGAUUGUGGGUUGUGGUUAAAAAUUAUCAAAAAUUCUAACAAUAACAAAAAUUGCUAAACCGGGUAUGGUAAAGCUUUAGAAGCCAGGAGUGAUAAGUUGGCUACAAAAGGGAGAUGGCUUUCCUAAAAGACAAAGUAAAUCACAGAGUGUAGUUUCCACUUUGUUUUUACAUUUGGGAGUUGGGAGGUGAUUGUUGUCAAUGGUUAGACUAACCGGUAUACGUAGCACGAAGCGGACCGUGGUCUAGUUGGCCACGAACCACGGCCGUGCACACCACCCCGGUGGUUCGUGGUGGCUCGUGGUCGUGGCCUUCCGUGUCCCGGACAACGCCCUUAAACGACCAAUGAGCUCCGAUGCAAAGAAUUCGACCGUUUCUCUUUUUUGUGUAGCCGUUGUUGAACAGCUAGAUUUAAAAAAAAAAAUAAAAAAAAUAAAUAAACAAUUUAUUUACCUAUAAAUACCAUAUUUUUACUCCUUAUUUUUUACACCAUUCUUUUCUUUCUCUAUACACAAACUACACACUACAUCUUCACAACCAAAAAUCAUGAAUCCCAACCAAAAUACCCCUCCAAACUACCGAAAUCGCAAACCUGAUAACGCUUUUGCGUUAGAUACAACACCUCGACAAUUCCCAAUGAUGGAGUCACCUCAAGGCGGUUUUAUCAAUCUACUUCAAAGUGGUUCCCCUAUCCAACAAACACCACUUUUCCAACAACAAUAUCAACCUUUUCCGGCUUUCCAACAACAACAAAUGCAACAACAAUACCAACAAUUUCAACAAUUCCAACAACUACAACAACUCCAACAACAAUCGUCACAACAACAGCAACCACCAAUUUCACAACCACCAAGCUCACAACCACCACUUUCACCGGAUUUUGUUCCGGAAACGCAACCUUCACCACCACCUCAACCAAAAAAGAAAAAAGAAAAAAAAACGGUCCGACCCACUACCAACCAAGAAAGGGUCCCAUGGACAAAAGAAGAAGAAAAGUUAGCGGAGGCAUGGGUGGCGGCUUCCGAAGAUCCAAUUGUAGGAGAUAGCCAGACUUACGGAAGUUUUUGGGAAAAAGUCCGAGCCAUUUUUUACGAGUUAAUGGAAAGUCAAACUCGAAAUGCCGAUCAAAUUACGUCGAAAUGGCGAGAUAUUCGACUAAAAUGCACCGAUUUUGGAGGAAUCUACAACAAUCUCCUAAACAUACGCAAAAGCGGCUCGAACGAUUUUGAUGUAUUCAAGGCGGCCAUGGACCAAUAUGAAAAAACAACGCCUACACGCAAAGCUUUUCCGUAUAUGAAACCGUGGCUAAAAUUGAAAGACUCCCCAAAAUGGAAAGAGCAAACGGAAGGAAGUUCCCAAUCUUCCGGUUCAAAGCGUUCGAGAAACCCCGAUAGAACUUCUCAACAAUCGGACGGCCGAACACACAUCGACAUCAACGACGAUCCGAUAGAUCUUGAAACCGACCAACCUCUUCCUCGGCCCGUUGGAAGAAGUAAAGCAAAAAAAGCGGCGUCAACAUCUUCGAAUUCUAGUGUUAUGGAUAUGUUCGACGAUAAAUUUGAUCGAUAUGUGCAGCUUCAAGAAACGAAGGUCGAGGUGAUGACUCGGAUGGAACAAAAAAUGAUCGAAGCACAAACAUCAUUUCAAGAGGCACAAGAGACACUCUAAACAAAAACCGAUAUGGAAAUCUUGAAAAUGAAAGCGGACGACCUUGAGAGCGAAGACUUGGAACUUUUCCAAGCAAUGAAAGAGUCAGUUCGAGCCCGACGUAGGCGUAGGGGGUAGUUUAUUUUAUGUAUGGUUGCUUUAAUGUUUUUUUUUAAUUUUUUUUUAAAUUAACUAAUGUAAUUUUUAUUUUGAUUGUUAUUUUUAUUUUAUUUUUUAAUUUCAAUUAAUUUAGUUUUUAUUUAAUGUAAUUUGGUAUUUUAAUUUAAUGGAAAAAAUAGUAUUAAAAAAAUGUUUUUAAUGUAUUUUUGAAUUAAAUUUAAAUAAAAAAAAUGAGGUGGAGUGGUGUGUUUAUCGGUAAGUAUCUCAUGUAUGUGGUAGUGGAAUGUGGUUCUGAUGUGACACCCACCACAUAUAUGGUAUGUGAUGGGUAUAACGGAUGACCUUACUGUAAAAUUUAUAGUAACAACAACCAUCUAACACUUUUUUUGCUAAUUAUAUCAAUAAAUUUGUUAAAAUGGUCUAGAAACACCAUUAGGACCCAGAUUCAAAUGUUUAUUUCACAAAUUUUAGCCGACUUUCUAAAAAGAGGAUGCUGACGAUUACACGGCAUACAAAUAUUUUAACAUGGAUAAUAUUUUUCCUUUAAUAAAAAAUAUAUUUUUUUACACCCCAUCAUAGUAUUAAACAUACACGAGAUAAAUUUUAUCUAUUUCUCAUACAAGUUCAAAUUUCCAAGAUUUGUUAUAAAUUUCAACUUUCAAAUUACACCAAAAUUAAUACUUAUUCACAAAAAACAUAC